UGCCGAACAAUAACAUAUCGGACAGCUCCAUGGAUGCAUUUUCCGUAACACGCAAUUUUCGAGCUUUAGGAAUUACGCUAAUAAGCCGUGUAUAUGGAGCACAAACAAGAAAACCCCUUCAACUGUCACUUGGCUUGUCAAUCAAGCGGCUCGCUGUCUUCUGAGUGGUUUCGUCGGAAACAAUGAGAACAAAUAGCUGUGCCAUCUGCUAAACGGGCCUUAGUACCUUCAGAUACCGAUGAGUACUGCGCGCGCGCCAGUUAUUACCAGAGCUGACAGCGGAAAGGGAGCUCAGCGUGCAACAUGUAUUUCCAAGACCCACUGAUGUACUACCAUCCUCAACAACCUUCCUACGCCUUCCCGCCUCACAAUCCGAUGCUCCAGCGAAGCCCUAUGCCUCCGAAUAAUCGUUCCUCUUUUCUCAUCGACGACCUGUUACCUCCAAGACGUGACCAGUAUAUGAUGCAGCGGCAGGGUACAUUUCCCGAGCCUACACCAGUGGUCACAAGUGGUCCAUCUCUCAAGUUCAGUAUGCACUCAAUUCUAUCACGGGCCCGCGAUGAAACUCCAGUAUUUCAAGGAGUCUUUCUGUCAAUUACUGGUUACGCUAGUCUGAUUAACUUUGACCCGAGCCCUGAAAUAAUCAGCCAGUUGCCCGUUUACUUUCGCGUUAAGCCAACUUUGAGGACGCCUUGCGGACGACGUUGCCGUAAAUCAAGAACAGUAUUCACAGAUUUGCAGCUCAGAGUGCUAGAAAAGACAUUCUCCGAGCAAAAAUACUUGGACACUUCGAGUCGUUCUAAGCUCGCGCAAACUCUGGGCUUAAAUGAGACGCAAGUUAAGACGUGGUUCCAAAACCGACGCAUGAAAUGGAAAAAAGAGACUGGUAAGGAUGAAGAGGACGUGGGAGACAAGGACAAGCCUCUGGAAGACACCAAAAAAGAUGAUAAAUCCAAGAAUAACUAAUAUUUUAUAUAGUGGAUCCUCACGACUUGGGUGUGGUUUAGAAGUGAGCCGUUUAAGAAGACGGGCUUCUUUUGGCUUGUUUGAUUGGGACUUGUUCCAAGAACAAUGGUGUGUUUGACUGAUUCAAGCACAUAAAAAACUCCUAGAGAGAAACUGGUUUUUGUUUAGAUGAUAAACGUCUUGGUUUUUUGCCUUUGUCUACAAUAGACAUUUACCCAUAAAAAGAAAGGACAAAAGAAUGAUUUUAUUGCUUUAUUUUCCCUGUCCUAGUUUUGACAAUCUCUCGUAUUUCAAUGGUGAAAAGAAAUUUCCUGCAAACCAUGCGUGUUGCUGCCAUAUGUCUCAUUUUGUUGCGUUUCGGAGAGCGUUUUGUUGGGGGCUAGUGAAAGCGAUGCGUGUGGGGUCCAGAAUGACAUUUAAAUGGGAUAAUGGCCAGGACAUGCGGACUCUAAUGGUGGCCAUCGCUUCUCCACCGUAAACAUGCCCGCCACCUUAAAAUGACAAUACGUUCCGAAACUCGAAUGACCCCGCGAAGUCCUCUCGCGAAAACCAAACAUAGCAUUGAUCCCUCGCGUAACAAGGGAUUACGGUCAAGCUUGGCUAACACAUUAGACUUGGCCUAGCGAGGAUUAGAAACGCUAGAAGAACAAUGAGAACUACCCGCUUUAGGGCGUGAAUCUUGUACAUAAGAGGGCCUAAAAGUGACCUUGCAUCUUUAAAAACACGAAUGUCUAUUAUAAGCCUUAAAAUAAUUAAUAGUCUUAAAUGUAAGAUUGUUUUUAAAGUGUACAAAGAGUAUUUUUAUCCAUCUUCCACCUAUCUACCAUGUAAAACAGAGUAUUGUGUGGUUUAUUUACAAAUAAUGAAAGGAAUGUUUCUUAAA